UUUUUUUUUUUUUUUCCGACAGAGUCUUGCUCUGUCGCCAGGCUGGAGUGCAGUGACACAAUCUCGGCUCACUGCAACCUCCGCCUUCCAGGUUCAAGCGAUUCCCCUGCCUCAGCCUCCUGAGUAGCUGGGACUACAGGCGUGCACCACCAUUCACGGCUAAUUUUUUGUAUUUUAGUAGAGAUUGGGUUUCACCAUGUUGUCCAGGAUGGUCUCGAUCUCCUGACCUCAUGAUCCACCUGCCUCGGCCUCUCAAAGUGCUGGGAUUACAGACGCAAACAUGCAGAUCUUUGUGAAGACCCUCCCGGGCAAAACCAUCAACCUUGAGGGCAAGCCCAGUGACACCAUUGAGAACGUCAAAGCCAAAAUUCAAGACAAGGAGGGUAUCCCACCUGACCAGCAGCGUCUGAUAUUUGCCGGCAAACAGCUGGAAGAUGGCUGCACUCUCUCAGACUACAACAUCCAGAAAGAGUCCACCCUGCACCUGGUGUUGCGCCUGCGAGGUGGCAUUAUUGAGCCUUCCCUCCGCCAGCUUGCCCAGAAAUACAACCGCGACAAGAUGAUCUGCCGCAAGUGCUACGCUCGCCUUCACCCUCGUGCUGUCAACUGCCACAAGAAGAAGUGUGGCCACACCAACAACCUGCGCCCCAAGAAGAAGGUCAAAUAAGGCUCUUCUUUCCUUGAAGGGCAACCUCCUGCCCAGGCCCCGUGGCCCUGGAGCCUCAAUAAAGUGUCCCUUUCGUUGACUGGAACAGCA